AUGGAAGAUCAACCUAGUAACAAGUUUCUUCACAUUGCUGUUUUUCCAUGGCUUGCUUUUGGACAUAUUAGUCCUUUUUUCGAGCUUUCUAAACUCAUUGCUCAAAAGGGUCACACUAUUUCAUUCAUUUCCACACCUAGGAACAUCAAACGCCUCCCUCCACUUCCUCCUAAUUUACAACCUUUCAUCAAUUUUGUACAACUCCCACUUCCACAUAUAAAUCAACUUCCCCAAAAUGCAGAAGCCACUAUGGACAUCCCACAACAUAUUGUUCCAUAUCUCAAGAAAGCAUUUGAUGGUCUUCAACAACCUUUGACUCUAUUUUUGGAAAAGUCCACUCCUGAUUGCGUCAUAUAUGACUUUGUACCUUAUUGGUUUCCAUCAAUAACAUCAAACCUUGGCAUCUUAAGCAUCUAUUUCUCAAUUUUUAAUGCAUCUUUUCUAGAGGAACUCUUAGUUAAUAAGUCAUAUGAUGAAGACAAUGUUAUUUCCGAUGUCCACUUUGAACAAAAUGAAUCUGGUGUUUCAGAUAUGUUUAGGAUGGAAAAAACCUUUUUUGGUGCUGAUUUUAUUGCUGUAAGAAGUUGCAUGGAGAUUGAAGGUAAGUCUAUAGAAUCCAUUGAAAAUCAAUGCAAGAAAAAAGUGAUUCCAGUUGGAUUAUUGCCACCCUCACUAGAAUUCAGUGAAGAUAAAGAGGAUGAAAAUUGGGAUAGUAUCCAAAAGUGGUUGGAUAAACAGGAAAAAAAGUCGGUGGUUUAUGUUGCAUUUGGAAGUGAAGUGAUAUUAAGUGAUGAUGAAUUUACUGAGAUUGCUAAAGGAUUGGAAUCAUCUAGUUUUCCCUUUCUUUGGAUUUUGAAGAACCAAGAUAAAUAUGAUUGGGUUGUUGAAAAUGAUUCAAAUAAGGGAAUGAUUUGGAGUAAUUGGGCGCCACAGUUGAGAAUCUUAUCGCAUGAGUCAAUUGGAGGGUUCUUGACACAUUGUGGUUGGAGUUCAGUGAUUGAGAGUCUUCAAGUUGGAUGUCCAAUCAUUGUGUUACCUUUCCAAAAUGAUCAAGGUAUAAAUGCUAGACUUAUGGAAGAAAAAAAGGUUGGUGUAGAAGUAGAGAGAAAUGAUGGAAAAUUAAAUAGAGAUUCAGUGGCUAAGGCAUUGAGAUUAGUGAUGUUAAAGGAAGAAGGAAAGAGUUAUAGAAGUAAAUCUGAAGAAGAUAUGGGCAAGAUAGUUGGAGACAAAGAGCUUCACCAAAAAUAUAUAGAUGAAUUUGUUGAUUAUGUUGAGCUCAAUGUCCCGGCCUCUAGGCAUUAG